AAGGCCAACUUCAGCUCUCCACUCCUGCGAGCUCUAGAAACAAGGAUGAAUAAUUUAAUAAGAAAAUCAUGUAAUGAAUAAAUGGCGAGAUGAGACGCACAUCAAAUUUGUAGUUACUGGAAGAGAAAGGGGCAAAACCCUAGCUGGCUUGUCUGAGUUGCUAGUAUUUUGCCAUGGAGAGGCAUCAGUACCCAGAUAGUACCCCAAACUCGUCCACUGAGAAUGUAGGCUUAGAUGUUAAGCCUUUAAGAACCUUGGCCCCAAUGUUUCCAUCAAGCUAUGGCCUCAAUGUGUUCUCUCAAUCUCGCACAUCGCCUUUCAUUUACAUAUCCCCCUCUGAUUACUCAUCUUUACCUCCUGGCUUCACUCCCCCAUUCCCCCCUUUUCAAGCUCCACAACCCGGAAAUGCACGUCAACCUAAUUCAUACCCAAAUGGCAAUUCUUCGUUUCAAACUCCAUCCGCUUCGGCCGCUGAAAAGAAAAUGAAGAAACAAAUUCAUCUGGGUAGCAAUUCUGUUACUGAUGGUAGCAACAGUGGUUGUUCGAUGAAGCCGCAGAAAAAGAAGUCCAGAAAAGCUCUGAACAUAGAUUCGGGUUUGGUGCCAUCCCUUCUUGAUCCUAGGGAUUCUGUUGAAAUCGUGCUUAUGACUUUUGAUGCACUAAGGAGGAGGCUUUCACAGUUAGAUGAUGGAAAAGAGGUGAAGAAUCAACGCCCAGAUUUGACAGCAGGGACUACAUUGAUGAGUAGCGACCUGAGGGCGAAUAGGGCAAAGAGGAUUGGUUCGGUCCCAGGAAUUGAAAUUGGAGACAUCUUUUAUUUUAGGAUCGAAUUAUGUGUGGUUGGGUUGCAUGCUCCUAUAAUGGCUGGGAUUGAUUAUAUGACUGCUCAGUUUGAGAAUGGCGACGAUACUGUGGCUGUUAGUGUUGUGUCCUCUGGGGGUUAUGAGAAUGAAGAGACCAAUACUGAUGCUUUGAUUUAUAGUGGGCAGGGAGGUAAUGCAAAUGUUGAUCAAAAGCUCCAAAGGGGAAAUCUUGCACUUGAGAGAAGCUUGCAUAGGGGAAAUGUGGUUAGAGUUGUUCGAAGUGCAAGAGAUUAUAGCGUGCCAAAUGGCAAGAUUUACUUCUAUGAUGGUCUCUAUAAGGUUGAGAGCUCAUGGGUUGAGAAAGGAAAAUCAGGUUUCAAUGUUUUCAAAUUCAAGUUGUUGCGGGAGCCAGAGCAGCCACCGGGACUUGCGAUAUGGAAAAUGACACAGCAAUGGAAAGAUAAUCCCACAUCAAGAGGCAGGAUUAUUUUGCCUGAUAUAUCCUCCGGUGCUGAAAAUGUACCUGUUUGCCUUGUUAAUGAAGUUGAUGAUGAGAAGGGACCGACCCAUUUCAGGUACAGCACUACAGUUGAGUAUUUGAGGCCUCUUAACUCCAUGAAACCUUUGGAGAUCUGUAGGUGUGCUAGUGUGUGCCUCCCUGGUGAUGUCCAUUGCACUUGUGCAAAAUUAAAUGGGGGCAACCUUCCCUAUAGUUCAAAUGGAACCCUAGUGAGCAGAAAACCUCUAAUUUAUGAAUGCAACAUGUCUUGUUGCUGCUCAUCUAAUUGCCGAAAUAGAGUGACUCAAAGGGGUAUUACACACAAACUUGAAGUUUUCAAGACAAGAGAUAGGGGCUGGGGACUUCGAUCCUGGGAUCCUAUUCGCACAGGUACUUUUAUAUGCGAAUACACUGGAGAAGUUAUUAACAAGAUUAAUUUAGAGGACGAGAAUGCUGACAAUGAUGAGUAUAUCCUUCAGACAAUUGGAUUUGAUGAAAAGGCAUUCAAAUGGAAUUAUGGGCCUGAGUUAUUGGGGGAACCCAGUGCUGAUUACUCAACCGAGAGUCUGGGGCCAUUACCUAUUUUCAUAAGUGCAAAAAACAUGGGCAACGUGUCUCGGUUUAUGAACCAUAGCUGCUCUCCUAAUGUAUUUUGGCAGCCUGUUUUGUAUGAUCAUGGCGAUGAAGGAUAUCCUCACAUCAUGUUCUUUGCAAUGAAGCAUAUUCCUCCACUGACGGAGCUGACCUUUGAUUAUGGUAUGGGUGGUGGUACUGGGUCUCGCAGGACAAGGAAGUGUUUAUGUGGAUCACCAAAAUGCCGAGGACUUUUUGGCUAACUUGCAAUAUAUAUAUGGAGUGCUAUUUUGCUAAUCCACUGUAUGAAGGUUUUGGUUUUUUUGUACCUGUUGUAUACAACAUGAGGUGACAGUUUGUAGAUGUUGUUUGCUUAUAUACAGACCGUAAGCACAAACUUGGCCAUUUUGUACUAAACUAUGUUAGACUGAACUUUAGGACUAAACGAAGUAGAUUUGUUCUUAGUAAUGUUGACGUUCUUGCUGAUGCUCGAAAUCACCGUGAUUUGCUGCAAUUUUGAACUAUGCAAGUUUUGAAAUAA